AUGGUGCACACCACGUCGGAUAGACCGCGCACUCGCCUUAUUGGCCCAGCCCAACAGCCAAUGCUUUCCUCCCUUCUGCGCGUUUCGCACUCCUGCGAUUUCCUAAUUUCCUCCACCAAAUACCCACCGAAUCACCAAAUCAGCGAUUUCGGUGGUGGUGGUGGUGGUGGUGGUGGUGGUGGUGGUGGUGGUGGUGGUGGUGGUGGUGGUGGUGGUGGU